GCAGCCGUGUGCGCCGCAGCUCCUACGGCCAGGCUGAGCUCCAGGUAUCACAUACGGAGGAGUGUGUGAUGCGUUGUAUCUCGUGUUUGACACACACACACACACACACACACACACACACACACACACACACACACACACACACACACACACACACACACACACUCUCGCGAACACAGCAUCUGGAGCGGUGUCUCCUCCCUUCUCAGGCGGGUUUUCUUCUCUGGAAACUCAGUAAGUGUGUGUAGUUUUGCGGGGCUGAGUGCGGGAUGCACUCUCGGACCUCCGCGGCACAGAUGUUUCCAGUUUGACCUCCUCUCCCGUCUCGCCUGGAUGCCCCUGCCUGACGGUGCCUGAGGAGAAAAGGGGGAGGAUGGAAACGGGCGAGAUGGACAUCCCUCCGGUGACAUGAGUGAUAUACAAAAGACCAAAUCACUCCAACUUUAACUGCUUUAACUUUUCAGCAAGUAAACAGGGGGGCAGUCAGUACUGAUGACUAUACAUGAAAGACUAUCUGGGAUGAAUUUCUACAGGCAAACUGUGAAGCAGCAUAGAGGAGGAGGGAAAUUCACCACGUCCCUGUAGCCUGCGAAGCCAAAUCUGGUGAACGUCUUUCCCACUCCCAAUGCAUUUCUUGCCGGUACUUAACUGACGUCAGUGUCUCCGGAAGAUGCUGAAGAAGAUGAUGACCAUGAGGAGGAUCCUACAUGUGAAGGGAGAUGUGAUGUGCACUGUGCUGCUACUGCUGCUGUUCUGUCUGCUGCUCUAUGCCCGCCAGGUGGUGCUCUCCUCUGGGUGGGACAGACCUUCGUGGAAGUUUGAAAUCCACGACUCCCCCAGCUCCAGCAGGGCCCUGCUUGGCGCCAGCGGGGCUAAAUCAGACCAGGAGUCUGCAGGGGCCCCAUCCAGCCCAUCAGAGCCACAGCUGCCUGCCUGCAAACCCCAGUCCAAGUCCAAACCUCCUCAGUCUAAGUCCAAAUCUCAGGUCAAAUCUAAAGGCAAAUCCAAGACGCGAAGGAAAAGUGCUGUGCCGACCAAGGCCGCUGGCAAGCCCGUGCCCACGAUGCCACCAUUUGACUUCGAGGCCUACCUGAGAGAAAAGGACAAGAGAGACUUUAACCUGCUCAUAGACCAGCCAGAGAAAUGUCACAUCAGAGGAGCCGAGGAGGGAGGAGGAGGAAGUACAGAGUCUUCUACUGCCCCCUACAUGCUCAUUGCAGUGAAAUCGGUCGCAGCAGACUUUGAUAAACGUCAGGUGGUGCGUCGGACCUGGGGUAAAGAGGGCCUUUUCCAGAAUGGUGUGUCCAUCCGUACCGUUUUCCUGCUGGGGGUUCCCAGGAAUCGGACCGCUCUGCCUCUGUGGGAUCGGCUGCUGACCUACGAGAGUGAAACCUUCAGGGACAUCCUGCUCUGGGAUUUUGAGGACACCUUCUUCAACCUGACACUGAAGGAAACACAUUUUCUGAGAUGGGUUAACGGCAGCUGUCCCGAUGUCAAGUUCAUCUUCAAGGGUGAUGCUGAUGUGUAUGUCAACGUGGAGAAUAUUCUAGAGAUGCUGCAAGGGCGCAAGCCAGACGAGGAUCUGUUUGUUGGUGAUAUUAUUAUCAACGCUAAGCCCAUUCGCCGGCGCAGCUCCAAGUAUUAUGUGCCAGAGUUUGUCUACGGGGUGGGUCUGUACCCCAAUUAUGCUGGAGGAGGAGGGUUUGUCAUGUCAGGACACACAGCUCGGAGGCUUAGCUCGGCCUGUCAGCAGGUGGAGUUGUUCCCCAUCGAUGACGUCUUCCUGGGAAUGUGCCUCCAGCUGAUCGGCAUCAAACCGACACGCCACCAGGGCUUCCGCACCUUCGGGAUCCCCCGACCAUCGGCAGCGCCCCACCUCCAGACGUUUGACCCCUGUUUUUACAGGGAACUCAUGGUUGUCCACAGCCUCAGUGUUCCUCAGAUCUGGCUCAUGUGGAACCUCCUGCACGACCCCAAACUGAGCUGCCACAACAGGACCAGCCCGACAACCUGGCCCUUCAAGUGGAAGGGGAGGAUGGGAGAGACCAGGGAAGAGGUGACGGACUACGGUGAGAAGCAGGUGUUCUUGACACAUUAGUGACUCUCUGCAGGGCUGAGCAGGAACUGCAAGACCUUGAGAUGACAAAACGGUUAUAAAGCAGGAUCUGUGGCCAGCUUGAAAGACUCGUGAUGUGUUCAAAAGCACUGUUGAGUCAUGUGAGACCAUAUCCAAGCUGGCAGAUCAUCUUUGGGGAAAUGAACUGGCAAGGGCCAAAUGCUUGAGAUUUUUCAGGAAGGAAGCCCAACAAGAAUUUUCGGCUGCUGCCAUGCGAGCCCAUCUAUGUGAUCAUGCAGUGUUUGUGAACGAUGACAAGACCUUGGUUUGCAAAGAUGGGUGUGUGAUGAGCCCAGUCUCUUUAGACUUUUGAAUCUCCAGAAUGUAUUGUGUUAUUGUUUACGCAGAGACGUGAUAAGAUCCACAAGGACGACACAACGAAAUGUGGUUAGCUGGUUUAACCACAUUAAGCACAUCUGAGACCAUGACAUAGUUAGUAUUCUGACUUUCACUGAGCUGGGUGGACAGCCGGGACCAAUAAUGGCAGAGAGGGAGGACGGCAGAGACUUUCUGUGUUCCCAUCGUGAAUCACUCGCAGAGAUGUACCUCACUUCCUUACCCUGGAUAGAAGCACAAAUGGAUGGCUGCAUUAUCUGUUCCCUGGAGGAUCAACAAAUGGGAGCUAAAUGGAAACCAGCUGCACAGUGGGAACCAGCUGGGACCAUAACAUGCACACCCACACACACACCCACACACACACACGCAUGCACACACACACACACAGCUGAAUGUUUGAGGAAAAGCCACACACGUGUACACUUGUAAACACUAGUUAUUACUAUGAUUAUCAUGAUUUGAUGUCUUUUUGUAGAUCUGUGUUUCUCUUUAUAAUGUUUUCGUUUUGUCAUCUGUUUUCAAAAUGUUCGGUGUUAAGCAUGAUGGUUCAACAAGCUCGCAUGCUCUGGACUUCAGCUGGUGUCCUUUUUUUUUAUAUAUGACACCAGCAUAGCUCUAGGUGUGGCGGCAGAGGCUCAGGAGGCGGAGCAGGUCACGUCGUGCUCAGGGAGGUGGACGUUCGAUCCCUACCUCCUCCUGUCCACAUGUCAUGGAGUUGAGUGUCUGGGGAAAGACACGGCGUGCACAACACCCUGGAUAAAUAGGGAGGGUUGUGUCGAGGGCAUACAGUGUAAAACGCCUCUAUGCAACGUUGGUCUGUCCACCAUUUUGGUCCAGACUGAAAUAUCUCAACAGCUGUCGGAUGGAUGGCCACAUGUUCAUGAGCCACAUCAGGAUCAUAACAACCAUGGUGAUGCCCUGACUUUUUUUUUUUUUUUAACCAUCACCAGGUAAACAUUAAACGUGUCCUAUAUAUGGAUCAUUUCAUAUUUUAAAUACCUGCAGUACUAAUGACAUUCCCACCUGCCUCAGAUGAGAUGGUGAUCAAAGUAGGUGAUCUGAGGGGAGAUGAGGGGUUUCGCCAUCUUCCAUGUUAGUAAAAUGAUGAACAUGCAUCCCACUUGUUAAUCUGCCAUCCCUCUUUCUUUUCCUGAGUAUCAGAGAACAGAGGGCUGCUGAGUAGUAAUGAUCUGAGGUUUGUGCAAGAUAUAAACUACAGCCGCCACCAGGGCAGCAGAGCCAGAACAGUCAGUUCUUCUCUAGUCGUGGAUGAAUGAAACGAAUUGGGUCCAUCCCGCCUUGUUAAAACGAACAAAUCACCUAAUGGCUGAACAUGGUAAACAUUGUACAAACGUGAGAGAAGGAUCACAAUAGAUCCAUUUGGAAAAGUUUCCACUCCAUUUCAAAACAAUUUGAGGGAGAUAGUUUCCUGAACCACACACCCCUGUGUACUGACUGUGCUGUUUGAUGAGAGGAUGACUCCUUCCUACACGUCAGCGUGGGUAAUGAUAGUUUCAGCUCUCGGGCACUGGACUGUUUAGUAAUUGAAACACUCAUAAAUCUGCAUAUUCUGUCUCGUGAAGGGCUCCUGGGUAAAUUAUAGUUGUAACAUAAAAUAUAAAACACAAGUCUCCUUGAAAACAAUCAAAGCACAAUGUACACAGUAGGAUUUGUAUGUCAAAUUUAAAUUUCAGUUGGCUGUAUGGUGUUAUUGUCCUUUCAGAAACAACAGAAAAAUUCUCAUAAGCGAGACCUACGUUAGAGGAAAAUUCUCUACCGCAUCAGCACUGAACUGCUUCUUUCCUUGUGACUAAUAAUAUAAUUGUCAGGCGUAAAUACGAAGCAGAUGUUGAGUUUUAGCUCAGCUCUGAAAGAAAUAAAAACAUUCCCAAUCUUUUUCACAUCCACAUUUUUUAUUGUUUUUUUUUUCAUAUCCUGGUUGCACACACAGAAAAUGAAUUUUGAUGUCAAUGAACAGUGAGCGUUUGAUUUCAUAAAAGUCCAAAUGUUGCACUGGAGUUGUUAGAGAUCUCACAUCAGCAGCUCAUCUCAACAACCGUCAUCAAAAGCAGUCAAAAGUAAUUAGCUGGAGCGAAGCUUUCAGCCGGCCUCGUCCUUCUCCUCGCACUGCAGGGUUUUGUUAUUGCCUUUUGUCAGUGGACAUGCUAAAUAAAUCUACAUAUUUCUUCAUACACAAAGUUAUAGUAUUCAAAAUAUAAAACGCCACAUUCCAAUGAAUUUCACAAGUUUUAAUUAAGCAUAACCGCCCCGCUUCCAGAAACGGGUUCAAAAUGUCCACAAAAAGGAUUGGGAGGAGAGAAAGCCGAGAUGGACAACAGAACAUAUGAUACCGAGAACAGACGAUACAAAGCGUUAACAUGAGAUUAUCAUUACACUGAACUGAAGCAGUCAGGUAUAAAUUACAACCACCUGGUUAUGACAGUCAUCCAUUCCUGCAUUCAAUGGAAUAAAAAAAUAAAACAGGUGGAUUCCAAAAGCCACGCAGACCUCCGCAGUGAAGUUCUCGCUUGUUUUUCUGGCUUCCAAAUGAGAGAAAAACAAGGAUGUGAUAUGUCCACCUGAGUUUGGGUGAGAUUAACUACCCAGCACCCUACAGCCCCUCUGUCUGUCUCACAGCAGCAACGCAUCAUCCGCAGUACUGACGGUCUGUGAGGCUGGGUUGGCUUUACCAAAUCUGGGUUAAUGAGCAGAAUCUUUUAUACCAACAUCUAGUGUGUGUGUGUGUGUUGUGCUGAGCUCCACCUGAAUAACUGAGCUUUUAUGAAGCAUCCUGGCUUGCUGCUUCAUUCACUUCCGCCUCUACAGUUUUCUGUCUGUUCAUAUUGUCUCUGGCCCAUCUGCUUCCAAUGGAGCAAAAGCUCCUGAUUAUCUCUGAGAUCUUGGUGGUGACCGAUUUAUUCAAAUUCAGCAGAGGGUGGACACAGACAAAGGACGGUUUCCUUCUGGCCUCAAUAAAAAUCUGAUACCAUCUUCUAGAAUUUUGCUGUUGUUGGCAGAAUUACAAAGCUAAUCAUGUAUUCCCCAGUAACUAUGAUGAGUUUUAAAAGGUCCAGAACACAGGAUUUAGUGGCAUUAAGCGGUGAGGCUACAGAUUGCAACCAACUGAAUAACUUUCGUCUAACCCGCCCCUAUAAGCUGGUAGCUAUAAAUGUGUUGGUGAAACUGUGGCGGAGUCAAGUAUUUUUAAGUUUUAAUUUUACAUGUAAUUUUCCAUCUUAUUCUAUGUCAUGCAGAGAUUUAGUAUCACCAUAAAGCUGGAGUCACAUCGCCAGCCUGAACUGCUGAGGCUGACACGUGUCUGUUCAGAUAUGCAGGUUGAUCCUCUACACUCCUUGAAAGAGAGAGACAGAGAGAGGGAGGGAGCGCACAGGAAAAACACUGCCCAUCACCUGUUGUAUAUUCUUUUCAUGUCUGUGACAUAUUCUACAGAGACAGCCAUUGAAACGCUGGUAUGAUGUCGCUAAAACUGCAACUUAUUGUUGUCUGGUCUAUUUUCGUGGAGAAUCCUGCAUGUGACGUGAAAAAGUAGGUGAGACUCUGAAUUAUUAGUCUCUGCUGUGGCCUAUUGACACGGGCACAUAAACGAUGAACAAGACGUUCUGCUGCGUGCCGCUCAUGCAGGAUUUUUGAACUGCAUUCAGUUCAUUUAAUCAGCGCUAGUUAUUCAAUUUGUUCACAUUGACUCCACGAUAAAACAGCUAUAAAGGUGCAAUGUGUAAGAACAGGUAACUGCUCACAGCUAAUUUGUAUUGUUUUAUCUGUUUUAGCUUGUUAGCUCUGUUAACCUCUUCUCUGCUGGAAGAAAGAGGUUUUGGGGCCUGAGGCUAGCUAGUUAGCAUGACAACUUCAGCAGAUAUCUCUGCCACGCUACACAUGAAAGUCUUCGGAACGUCAGAAGUGUUAUUUCUUCUCAUUUUAUUAAUAAUUUUAUUUCUUUGAAUGUUUUAAACUAAAAUUCUUACAUAUUGCACCUUUAAAUGUGACUCUUCAGACUGAACUUUUGUAAAAAUAAAUAAAUAAAUAAAUAAAAUUAGAUGGAAAAUUUACAUGAGUAAACAUAAUUAUUAUACCUUUUUAGAGCAGCCACUCUGUGGAUAUAAAAGGCUCAUUCCAAGGUGACGAAAAAAAUAACGAUUCUUAGUUUGCUAAAUCCUGCAUACUGGUCCUUUAAGGUCUGUUUGCACAUUGUUCUGGGUGUUUAUUGUAGUUACAAACACAUAAAACAGAGAAAACCAAUCAAAUAUCAACAUGAUGUUGUUUUGGGAAACCCAACCCAACAUGCCAUUCUCUGAAGGUUAACAGGAGAACUAAAAGGACUGAGAUGGCCAUGGUAUCACAUUAGCUUGUUGCUAAUGCUCAGUGACACGCACACAUACGCACUGUACAAUGAUGUUCAAGUUCAGAUGCAUUCUCAAACUGUAUGUACAAGGAGAUUCCUUUUUACAGAGGAGAUACGAGACAGAAGUCAAAGACAGGCUUGGUGGGAGAUGAGGCACAAUUUAACUGUUUUUUUUUCUUUUUUCUGUAUUUUCACUUAUUCACUUGCGCAAGAGCAAGCUGUAGGAAGAUGUUUGAAUAUAGCUUUCAUGUUAUAUUACACUUCCUUAUUCAACUCAAGGUGUGGAUAAACCAGAACAGGAGGAGCGAGCUUUGUGUUUCGAAGUCGAUCCGCCUUCGCUCUCACACAUCUUAAACCUUGGUGCCCAAUCAGAAUUUCAGAUUUAUUUGUUGGAAGUCAUCUCGAGACAUGACUCAAGCUUUUGGGAUCCCAGUUUAUGAAACCGCGCUGUGAAACACUCAUUUCUCCUGUUACCAGAAACCACAUCACCUCACUUAGGAGGGAGUCUGACUACAGGAAAGCUGCAGCCCGACAGAGUUUUUUUGAGUGUAAACAAGUUAACAUAUUCUAGCAUGCCAAUGCUUAGACUCCAAAUCACAUUCCUAUCCACCUUACAUAAAACAUCUUGACCAGAGCUAUCUUUCAGUCCACAUGGGAAGAAGGAUUAGUGUUAUAAAUGGAGCUUGGCGUUAUGGUGCAGUUUGAUGGGGAACAAACGUGAACGUCCUGCAGAAGCAGUUCGAGCAGAGCUGAAGCGGGGUCGACGUACUGACAACCAACAUUUCUAUGUACUUGCAGCCACGGCAUUACAUGAGAAGACGCUUCAAUACUGAGUGGUCUGGAAAUGGAAAGAGAGAGAGAGGGGGGGGAAGCUUCUAGUGAUUGUUAAUGAGUCAGCUUUGAGCAGAUGCCUCCUCCUGAGCUUGAAGUUUAAUCAGAGUCAAGGAGGAGAUAAUGAGAUACUCAGCCGGUGCCUGAGUCAGCUGUGUCUGUGCCAAGCCAUUAAGAUCAUGUGAGUAAGAGGACGGCAGAAUAAGAGCACGCGACUAUUUACAGCAUUUAAAUGUCAACUCCAAAGCAUCAGGGCCUGAUCCAUAAGCAAUAUGAAAGUUAUUUCUUAGAACAGCCGAGCUAAGUGGAUUCACGCAGCAUAGAAGCAAACUUCUUCAACCGCUCUUUAACGUGGUCUCCCCCUGCUCGUUUGUACAGCCAGAAACCACAUUUUAAUUGAACUUACAGUCAUGCUGUACCUAAAAAAAAAAAUGCUGCAAAUAAAGGCUUCUAUUGGUAAAUUAGGAUUUAAAAAGCUGUGCUUGUUAGAAAUAAAGGCUGGCUGGCUGCUCCUUGUAGAUGCAAAUCAUAAAUCAAUAUUUAUUUAUGAUGAGUCACUUCAGAACAUGUACCGAGUACACGCCGUCUAUGUGACUGUCUAAUAAAUGACACACAUAACUACUUUUUGAUCUGUAACCAAUUUGCUUGCCUUCAUUUUUAUCGUCUCCUGAAUGCUAUUUUGUUUUUUUAAUCAUUAAACAUGAUAAAAGAAACUUUUAACUGGUAAUGAAACAAUUAACUUAAUACGGAUGCCUCUAUAUGACCUACAUAUGCAAACACAACCAGUAAAGAGAAAACUGGCUAUUGAUGCCUGUCACCAGAUAAGAUCCCAAUGUAAGUCAGCAAUUGUUAACUGAGGGGUCUGACAGCCCGAGGACAGAAGGUGCUCUGCAGUCUGGUGGUACGGCACUAAAAUCAAGUUUAACAAUAAACAAAAGAAUUUUAAAUUCCUUGUAGUUACUUUAACUAUUUACUUACUUGUUUUUGAUCUACUGUCUUUUAAACGCAAUGCAAAAUAAAAUAGUAAAGUGAAGUCUUUAUAAAUGUUAAACUCACUUCAAACUGAUAAAUAUACCUGAACUUUGCACCUAUUAUGAAAAAAAAAUACUGUACAAAAAAAAAAAAAAAA